GUUGGUGAAUGGAGAAACUGCUUGACGCACCUGUUUGUGUUGAUCCAACAAGUCCAACAACAUGAUGCAAGAGGUGGUGUGCUCUCGGGUCCCCAAAUUGCCCUUGAUGACAGCUAGAAGGCUGGAGAUGGGGCGUUUGGCUGUGAUUGCCAAUAGAGUGCAAAGGAAACCGACUAACAGGCGCUAGUGAUUGAACAGAGCAAGCUGCAGGACUGGGUAAAAGCACCUGUACAGCGGGAUGCAAGGACGGAGGGAUUGUCCUCAUGGCCGUAAUGCAUUGCGCCAUCGUUCAAAAAUACCACCUGAAUUCGUGGAUCACUGAAUGACUCAAGAUCCUGGAAUCUUCGGUUCUCCCUGAGGCUGCAGUAUUAUUAACCGCUCUGUUGUUGGAUCCCAGUCAGAGCUUCAGAGCUCUUGAGAUUAACCCCAAUCCUUAGGCUUAAGAAUCUUGCUCGGCAUUACGUAUUUGCCCAGCCGCAUUCGUUUGAGCUGGAGCCUGGUGGAGCCAGAGGAAUGAAGCGCUUGAUCGUCCCAAGCUGAGCCUGAUGUGAGGCAGGAUUGCAGAUGACAGAGCUUUGCAUGAUCAAUUAUGGGUGGAGCACGGAUAAAGCAGCUGGGUCCUACAAACUCAUUGGCGCCAAUCGUGGAAGCGGCGGGCAUCUGUUCUCAGGUCCCUUCAGCUCGCCUGCCUUCUCAAUACGUUCCCCACUACCACCGCAUGUCUCACAUUGCAACCUUCCACGAACUUCGCAGCAUUGCGAAGUCCAAUAUCAAUUCCUGCAACAGAAGUAGUAACCUGCACUCUAAUGGCGUCGCACGACAUUGGUUCAAACAACAGGCUUGGCGUGGCGCUCCUUCAUUUACAUGUCCAGAUAGGGUACACCCGCCAAAACACGUCCACCGCUUAAUGGCACGAGAAGCAUAUUCAGAGGGGAGGAAAGAGGAGCCAGGGCACCUGUUCUGCUUUGGCUUUGGUUACACCACCUUGGGCCUGGCAAACACACUCAAAAAGGAGGGCUGGAAUGUGACAGGGACCUGCAGAUCAGAGGAGAAAAAGGAGGCGCUCAUUGCGAAAAGCCUCCCAGCAGUUAUUUUUGACACUGAUGGGGAGAUCGGACUUGAGUCCGAUGGGCUGGCUGCUCUCCGAAGCGCCACACACCUGAUUGCCAGCAUCCCUCCUGUUGGUGACUUCGACCAAGAUCCGGCCCUAGCUUUGCAUGCCCAACAGAUCCACGAAGCAGCACGCAAUGGGCUCAGCUGGAUUGGUUACCUCAGCACGACAGGUGUUUAUGGGGACUGGGACGGCGCUUGGGUGGACGAGAGCACCGAACCGCGACCCAGCAACGCCCGCGCCGCAGCGCGACUGCGCGCCGAGGAGGCUUGGCUGAGCAUUGGCAGAGAAGCAAACGUUCCGGUGCACGUCUUCCGGCUGGGCGGAAUCUACGGCCCUAGCAGGAGCGCCAUAGACGUCGUCCGCUCCGGACGGCCCGCCUCCCAGACGCAGCGCGUGCGGGAGUCGCGGCGCUUCACGUCGAGGUGCCACGUGGCGGACAUCGUGCAGGUCGUGACGUCAGCCAUGAAGCAGCCCGCCGCCGGAGGUCGAGUAUACAACGUGGUGGACGGCGACCCGGCGACGAGGCGAGAGGUCGUUACGUAUGCCAGGGAGUUGCUUGAGAGGCGAGAAGCUGUCGAAAGGGUACCGGAGAAUUCAACGAAGGCGGCGUGCGUGGAGUCUGAUGUAACUGGUGAGGAAAGACCGUCUGGUUCAGGAGAGUUUGCUGAGGUCAGCAGGCAAGCAGGCACACCGCUUGUCCUUGAAAAAGGAAGCGGAGAGGCGAAAACCGAAGCUCUGGAGCAUAGUCGACCUGCUGUGGAUCGACAGCCGGAACGAGAAGAAUCUUUGAGUCGCUUGGGUGCUGCGGAAGAGCGGAGAAAGGGCGUUGAUGAGAAACGAGUGAAAAAUGAUCGGAUAAAGCGGGAGUUGGUAGUGACGUUGCUGUUUCCUUCCUACAAAGAAGGAUUGGCAGCAAUUGCUGACGGAGACCUCCAACCAUUUGAUGAACAUGUCGGCCUCUGA